AAAGAGGAGCAGGUCAACUAGUUUUAUCUCUAAAAGAGAUCCUUUAAUUUAUUUCCUUUUUCGACAUUCUUUGGAGUCAUUACCACCAAGUCCACCGUAAUGUCUCUCACAAAAUCACAAGAUGGAGCGGUUUAACAAACUUCCAUAGUUCAAAGCCCUCCAUUCUUAAAUAUAUCUACUUUACUAUCUAUUAUAUUAAUGCCCAUUAAAAACACCUCCUUUUAUUUAUUUCCUAUCUCCAUAACUCAUCUUAAGUAGACUUCUACAACCAUCACCAACAAACUCCAAAAUGGGAAAUUCCAUUCCACAGGGCACAAGCAGGGUUAUUUUUUCAGAUGGAACGGUUCAUUGUUAUGACAAGCCUUUAACAGUUGCAGAGUUGAUGCUGGAACAUCCCCAGCAAAUGGUGGUUGAAUUCAAGCCAAUCGCUGAUGGGAAAAGGCCGAUUCCAUUGCCUGCUGAUAUGAAACUGGAGAAGAACAAGGCUUACAUAAUGCUUCAAAUAAGGAAAGGCAAACCAUCAAGCUUGUCAUCUGAAGAAGCGCGGAAAAUUCUAACAAAAACAAGCACUAUGCUCAAGUCCAAGUCUCUGUUAGCUUCUUAUACCGGGUUUUUGCCAGUAUUUGCUCGUAUAUGUCCAGCAGCAGCAUCGUUGGGGAAUGGUCGCGAUCAUGUUCUUAAUUCAGACAAGAAUCUUUACUUGUUGAAGAAGAAGGAAGAAGAGGAAGAAGGAUCUAAACGCGAUUAUUUCAGUGAUAUACUUGAAGGAAGGCCUGAAUUCUUAAGCAGGCAAUUGUCAGGAAAAGGAUGGAAGCCCAGUUUAGAUACUAUUAAAGAGAAGAGCAUGCAAGCAAAAAUUCGUCAUUGGUUGUUUUGAGGUCCGUCUUUGUCCAAUCAAAUGCUGCCAUGUCAUCUUUCCAUCUUUGUCCUAUCAAAUGCUGCCAUGUCAUUGUUUCUACGUCUUUCGUGAUCUCCCCACUGUAGUUUUUCUGUAUGUUUUUUUCCCCCCUCUUUUAAAUUCCAUGGUAGGAUUUCAUCCAUUGAUCCACCUAGUAUCAAGACAUGGUGUGGGUGAAGUCUUGUCAAUGCGUAAUUUGUAGCUUUCAAUGCAUGGUGUGAUAAAGUGUUGUAAAUGUGUGUUGAUCUGUCCUGGUAACGUAUCUAAAGUUGGAAUUAAGAAGAAAGGGAAGUCGUAAAUCAACUAAUGAAGAAUUAAAUACUCCUAGCAUGGUGGUAAUUAAUUAAUACUACA